GCCAGCAGCCGGAGAGAAAGUUCCCGUGGAGAGCUCGCCCCGGGGAGGGCCGGCGUCGAGGCCGCUCGCAGCGAGGGUCGCAGGUCCCGCGCGCCCGGCCUGCCUGCCUGCCUCCUGCGCGCCCUGGGCCACCCGGCUCGGCUCCUCGGGAAGCUGCCGCUGCCAAACUUGGAGGAGGCGGAGGAGGAGGAUGCUGCGAGCGGCGGCGCGGGGCGCGGGGGCGCACUGAGUGCUCCCCGGGGGCGGCCCCAGGUGAGGCUGCCAGAGCUGCGGCCCCGCGAGCCCGCCGAGCCCGAGCGGCCAGGUAGCGGCUCCAGCGCCGGGACUGCGCCAGCCCUGCCAGCCAGGGCCGCCAGCGCCACCGCGCCCGCGGCGCCUUCUCGCCACAGAGCCAUGGUGCGCGGUGCGCGCACGCCGCGAGCGGGACUCUGAGCUCCGCCGCGCCGCGCGCCCCCACCUCCGCUCCCUGGGCUUCCCCGCCGACCUUCCCCGCGGGCCAUGAAGCUGGGGUCCGGAGACCCUCGCCUCUGAGCGGCGCGGCGCCCGCUCCGGCCCCUGCGCCGCUGGACCCCAGAUAGCGCUCCGGCGGCUGAGCCUCCCCAUCUCCCGGCACCGGCACCCGCACCCAGGCGCUCCGGGAUGGCGCUGCCAGGCCCCCUCCGGCCGCGCAAAGUUCGCAGGAGGCGAGAGAUGCUGCAGCAGCAGAUUGGCUUCGUGUGCGCGGUGCUGGCGCUGGCGUGCUGCGCGCCCGGCCUCUUCGGCAGCCUGGGACACAAGACAGCUGCCAGCAAGCAGGUUCUACCAGACACGUGGAGAAACAGAAAGCUGAUGGCACCGCUGAAUGGGACUCAGACAGCUAAGAACUGCACAGAUCCUGCCAUUCACGAGUUCCCCACAGACCUGUUCUCCAACACGGAGCGACAGCACGGAGCCGUCCUGCUGCACAUCCUCGGUGCUCUAUACAUGUUCUACGCCCUGGCCAUCGUGUGCGAUGACUUCUUCGUUCCGUCUCUGGAAAAGAUCUGCGAGAAACUCCAUCUGAGUGAAGAUGUGGCUGGAGCCACCUUCAUGGCUGCGGGAAGCUCAACGCCUGAGCUGUUUGCUUCUGUCAUUGGCGUGUUCAUCACCCACGGAGACGUCGGGGUUGGGACCAUCGUGGGCUCUGCCGUGUUCAACAUCCUGUGUAUCAUCGGCGUUUGUGGAUUAUUCGCGGGGCAGGUGGUCCAGCUGACGUGGUGGGCCGUGUGCCGAGACUCCGUGUACUACACCCUCUCUGUCAUCGUGCUCAUCGCCUUCAUAUAUGAUGAAGAAAUUGUGUGGUGGGAAGGCCUGGUGCUCAUCAUCUUGUACGGGUUUUACAUUCUGAUCAUGAAGUACAAUGUGAAGAUACAGGCCUUCUUCACAAUCAAACAAAAGGCCAUUGCCAAUGGCAACACGGUCAGCAGCGAGCUGGAGGACGGUAAUGAUUACUGUGGUAGUAGCUCUGAUGACCCUUCCAUGCCAUUGCUGGGGCCAGUGAAGGAGGAGCCACGGUACAGCAAAAACCCGGUGGUGAUGGUGGAUGAGGUCAUGAGCUCCAGCCCUCCCAAGUUCAGCUUCCCGGAGGCGGGCUUGCGUGUCAUGAUCACCAAUAAGUUUGGGCCCAGGACCCGACUGCGGAUGGCCAGCAGGAUCAUAAUCAACGAGAGGCAGAGACUGAUCAACUCAGCGAACGGUGUGAGCAGAAAGCCACUUCAAAAUGGGAGGCAAGAAAACAUCAAAAACGGGAACAUUCCCAUGGAAAACCCAGAGGACCCCCCGGGGGAGCAGCAGCCCCAGCCCCCACCCCCGCCGCCGCCCCCGGAGGCAGAGCCGGUGGAGGCUGCCUUCCUGUCCCCGUUCUCCGUGCCCGAAGCAAGAGGGGACAAAGCCAAGUGGGUGUUCACCUGGCCGCUCAUCUUCCUCCUGGGCGUCACCAUCCCCAACUGCAGCAAGCCCCGCUGGGAGAAGUUCUUCAUGGUCACCUUCCUCACCGCCACGCUGUGGAUCGCCGUCUUCUCCUACCUAAUGGUGUGGCUGGUGACUAUUAUCGGGUACACGUUCGGGAUCCCCGACGUCAUCAUGGGCAUCACUUUCCUGGCGGCGGGCACGAGCGUUCCAGACUGCAUGGCCAGCUUAAUCGUGGCGAGACAAGGCCUUGGCGACAUGGCGGUCUCUAACACCAUAGGGAGCAACGUAUUUGACAUCCUCGUGGGACUCGGAAUACCGUGGGGUCUGCAGACCAUGGUUAUCAAUUACGGAUCCACAGUGAAGAUCAACAGCCGGGGCCUGGUCUACUCCGUGGUGUUGUUGCUGGGCUCUGUGGCGCUCACUGUCCUAGGCAUCCAUCUCAACAAAUGGAGACUGGACUGGAAGCUGGGCGUCUACGUGCUGGUCCUCUACGCCAUCUUCCUGUGCUUCUCCAUCAUGAUCGAGUUUAACGUCUUCACCUUUGUCAACCUGCCGAUGUGCCGAGAAGACGACUAAAGCCAAGCUCUGCCCGCUGGGAGCUGUUCUGGACACCGGCCUAGCGUCCUCCCCUCGCUCCCUCCCCCACGAGUCCCCUGCGCCGGCAGCCACCGGCUGUCUUUUCUUACACUGGAAGGAAGAGCCAUCAUGGUCUUUGGCCACGGCCCGGCUGCUGGGCGUCCUCCUCUUCCUGGGAGUCAGCCCUGCCCUCCGGAAGGCGAGAUGCAGGGGCCGCUAUUUGAGCAUCUUUGCCGCCCUGAGCUGCAGUCACAGGACGUGGCGCGUGUCCCAUCUCUCGUGGACACGUAGGUCAGAAGGACUUCUGGAUGCAGUUUGUCCUUCUGUUUCGCGGCAUCCUGAGAAAUGAGGUGGUCGGUGACGGUGAAGUCUCCGGGGGCAAGUGCAAAAUGGGACUGUUGUCCUCAAGUGUCUCCUCUGGGCCAGAGGGGGGCAUUGCUUAGGCAGCUUUUGCUGCAAAGAGAGGAAGAGCCACCGACUUCUGCUGGAGCAGGGGCCUCCCCCUGCCGGGGGUGCGGGGCUGUGAUGGCAGACACCCCACCCCUUUUUCUAGACCAAUUGGAAGAAUGGAAACCGUUUUUUCAGGUUUGUUUAUUGUUUUUACAGCAGAAGCGAGAAAACAAGAAUGCAAUAUUCUUCUCCUUGUAUUGAUGCAUUCAGAGAAUGAGCAAUGAAAUAUUAAACAUGAAAUGUCCUACAGAC